AUGACGAGAAUCGCAAGUUGCACACCAAGGCUUUGUUACGACACUAAUGAACCUGUUUUGAAGAAAGAGUUUGAAAAUUACGGUGAAGUUGUACAAGUGGGAGUAAUAUGCGAUCAUAUGAGUGGGAAAUCGAAAGGUUAUGGUUUUGUUGAAUUUGAUUCAGAAGAAGCAACUUCAAGUGCCUUAGCUUCCAUGAAUAAUCAGUUACUCGAAGGAAGAAACAUCAGAGUCGAAUACGCUAAAGCUAAAGGUGGUUUACAUGAGAAUCACAAGUGA